AUGGAAAAAUUAGAGGAGCAGAACCGAAAACUUUCUGCGGAAGUCGAUACCCUCCGGGAGCAGGUAGCCCAACUGAUGGAGGUCAUACGCCAAGGCCAAAACAAGGAUGGCGAGGGCCAAGCUGAAAAUGUCCCUCCUCAUGAGGAAGAGGAGGAGGAAUACUUCUUCGGCGGGAAGGAUGCUAAGACUACACGCAUCCUUACCCCAGAAGUAUCCAAACAACAACUCUCCGCCCUGGAGGAGAGGCUGAAGGCGGUCGAAGGGCAUAACUUCGACGUCAAGGAGGUAGCCGACAUGUGCCUCGUGAAGGACAUCUCGCUUCCCUCCCAAAUUCAAAAUCCCGGACUUCCCUAA